CAUCCUUAAAAUAAAUCGUGUAAAGGCAAAGUACAAAGAAAGUUGGUUGGGAAUUGAAAGGGAAAGGGUAACGAAAAUGAGUAGUAGGGUUUGGUGUGUGGUGAUGGCAUCAGCGCUGGCGUUGAUGUUGCAAUGGCACGAAGCAUUCAGCUCCUACGCUGGCUCCGCAAGUGCGAUCAUCGACCCUUCCAAGGUCAAACAAGUUUCGUGGAAACCGAGAGCUUUCGUUUACGAGGGUUUCCUGACGGAAUUGGAAUGCGAUCACCUGAUUUCCAUCGCCAAAUCGGAGCUGAAGAGAUCCGCGGUGGCCGAUAAUUUGUCCGGCGAGAGCAAGCUGAGCGAAGUCAGAACGAGCUCCGGCAUGUUCAUUCCCAAGAACAAGGAUCCAAUUGUUGCUGGUGUAGAGGACAAGAUUUCAUCAUGGACCCUUCUUCCAAAAGAAAAUGGAGAAGACAUACAAGUAUUAAGAUAUGAGCACGGGCAAAAAUAUGAUCCUCAUUAUGAUUACUUUGCUGAUAAAGUUAAUAUAGCUCGGGGUGGACACCGAGUUGCCACAGUUCUCAUGUAUCUCACUGAUGUAACCAAAGGUGGUGAAACAGUGUUCCCUAAUGCAGAGGAAUCUCCACGUCACAGAGGUUCUGAAACAAAGGAAGAUCUCUCUGAGUGUGCCCAAAAAGGAAUAGCAGUGAAACCGCGAAGAGGGGAUGCACUUCUUUUCUUUAGUCUCUACCCAAAUGCUAUCCCAGACACAAUGAGUCUACAUGCAGGAUGCCCUGUAAUUGAAGGUGAGAAAUGGUCAGCAACAAAAUGGAUUCAUGUGGACUCAUUUGAUAAGAUGGUGGCAGAUGGGGGGGAUUGCAAUGAUAAGCAAGAAAACUGUGAUAGAUGGGCUACCCUUGGAGAAUGCACUAGUAAUCCCAAUUAUAUGGUUGGAUCACCAGGCCUUCCUGGCUACUGCAUGAAAAGUUGCAAGGCAUGUUAGAAGUGUUACUGAAUGCUUUCAAGAUUCCACAUGAUACUUUUGACGUUGACUCAAAUUUCAAUUGGUUCUCAGAUUUGUAUUAUGUAUUUUUUUUGUGUGAAUUGUAUUGUAUUCUGCCUCAUUAUAAUGUUAGCUCUCAGAUAGUGUUCCAGUACGCAUGGUCACACUUCAAGAGGUACAUUUCGUAGGAUACUUUAUAUGUAAAACUACAAAAAAGGAAGUAUACGUUGUUUUCUCCCAUGUUAUUGUUUACCCUCGUUCUCGUCUUGUGUCAAUUGUUGAUACAUUCACUUGUUGCUUUUGUGGAAUGAGAAUAUUUGCUGAAGUCA